UACAAAAUAAUGCUUCCAAACAAACAUCUAUGCAAUUUUCCUCUAAAGGGAAUAGAAUUCUAAUAAUAAACAAAUAAAUAACGCUAUUUUUUCAAAUUGACCGGCAGCAUGAGGUUUAUGACCAAGUUCAAUAUAACUAGGUCUGUAUCUCUAGGUUUUUUUCCAUUAAAUCUUUUUGGGAUUUCUCUACCUUUAUUUUUCAUUCCUUUAUUAGUAUUUAAAUAAAACACUGCACUCAUUAAGUAUUUGAAAAUCAUUAUCAAACUAGAUCACAAUUCGGACAAUUUUAGUAUUUAAAAUAUGGCGAAAAUACCAACUUAUUAGUAAUAAACCAAUUAAUAAAUAUUGCUAUUUGUUAAUAUUGGUCAUGAGGCCCAUGAACAGGUUCCUUAUAAAUAAGUCUGUAUUUCUGUAUUUUUCAAUAUGAUCGUUUUGCUCUUUUUCUACGAUUUCCUUUAUCAUCAGAUUCCAACAUUUUAUUUUAUUGAUCAUUGUGAUACUAUUUAUUGCUAACUGCAUAGGUGAACAUCCCUGCUAUAAAUGAUUCUUGAACACAUGCCGACAAAAAAAUCCAAAAACAUCUUCUUCACAUUUUAGAGCAAAAAUGUUUUAAUAUGCUUUUUAGUAAUAAAAUGAAAAAUGUCUCUGCAACUAUUUUAGGUCUUCUAUAGAUAUGCUUCAACGAUUUCUUAUUAUUCUCGCCUGCUUGAGUGAGGGACAAUGCCUAUCUCAAUUUAUUCCUCCGAUUUAUAAGCGCCUACCAGAUUUCAUUCCUGAAUUUUGUCCAGGUGUAAACAUCUGCUUGAAUAAUACAUCCAUCAAAGCGGCUGCAAAACAUUCCUGUUGUGAAAGAUGUUCUUGUCAUUCUGACUGCGCAACGAAUGGUGGCUGCUGUUUUACUGAAUUAUUGCAAUCAAAUCCCAGUGAUAAAAGAAGUGCCUUCCAAAUAGAGCGUUCCUGUCUGUACCCUGUGCUUCCACGACCAAAAGAGGAUGAAAGACAUCUUUAUCAGCCCUUUUUAAUGAUAUCUUCUUCUAUCAAUAAAGAAAAUAUAAGUAGUUCAAAUGAAAUAUUAAAUAAGUCUUGUGGGGAUACACAAGUAGCUCCCUGGGGUAGCUUGUAUCCCGUCUAUUCGGCAAAAUCUAAACAAAUAUAUAAAAAUAUUCAGUGUGCAAAAGCAUAUAAAAUCACUGACGGCAUACCCUGGAAUGCUAUCAUAAACUGCUUUGAAGAUGAAGUUAACAAUGCAAUAAUUGGUCUUGAAAUAAAUAAGAUUCCUGAAAAUUGCGAAAUUAGUUUUUAUUACUCUGGCAAUAUUGAUGACUUAAAAAUAUCAAAAUGCUAUUCAUCUCUCAUUGAUACAUGCCCCGAGUCUUUGGAAUUUCAGACGCCAGAAGGAACAAAUCUUUCUAAGAGUGAAAUUGUAUCAUUAUGCACAAGUGGACUUAUGUCGCCAUUUCAGGAUAGGAAAAUGUAUGCCAAUGUUUUUUGUUUUAUCUGUAAUGGUGAAUACUUCAGUAAAUCUUUGGUUUGCCGUAAAAUAUCUGAUGGUGGCUUCAAGGGUGUAAAAUCAAAAGGAUUCACUGCUUUGAUUGACAGUGAUUUAAUAGAUACACUGAAUGAUAACCACAACGUUAAAGAAGUAAGCUUACCAAAGGCAUGUUCUCUUAACGAUAACAGGUAUACUAGGCAAAACUACAUGCAGAAUACAAAAGCGUUUUGUGUUGCAGUUUCACAGAAGGAAGAUUUUAAUGUAUUUUCUUAA